AUCACUGGCCAGUCUACAAAUCUGAGAAAUUGCUGCGAGCCACUUUCUUUUGGUAAAUCUCAUAAACCCUAGCCGCGGUACCCGGAUUUCUUUUUUCCUUAAACCCUAAAUUAUUCAAUUUCACUUCUUUUUUUUCUCAUACAGGUUCUUUGAACUUGAACAACUGAAAUGGCUUUCUACAACAGAAUUGGAAGCCUCAUGAGGCAAUCUAUCUCCCAGACCACUGUAUCCAACGGGAAUGCGAAAGGACCUUCUAUGUUUAAUGCUUUUCGCUGCAUGUCUUCGAAGCUCUUUGUUGGUGGUCUUUCUUAUCAAACUGAUGACCACUCCUUAAAGGAAGCAUUUUCCGGCUUUGGGGAUGUAGUUGAAGCAAGAGUGAUCACCGACCGGGAAUCUGGAAGGUCCAGAGGAUUUGGGUUUGUGAACUACACUAGCGAUGACAGUGCAAAAGAGGCUAUGACAGCUAUGGAUGGACAGGAACUGAACGGGCGCUCAAUUCGUGUUAGUUUAGCCACCGAACGUGCACCCCGUACAGGUGGUUUUUCUGGUGGCGGUGGUGGUUAUGGAAAUGACCGAUACUAAGCAAGCUCAUGGUAAUUUCUGCCUGUCAAGUGAUCUCAUUGUCUAUAUGCUUAGACCAUGAUAGUUUACCAGGAUUUAUGGAUGAUUGUAAUCGAAUUCGGUACCUAUGGACUGCCUGCAAAUGCAAUGCUUGUUUUUUUAUAUAGAAGUACUACUAAACGAGUAUAGUCGGUCUAUCAAUUGCAAUGAGAUUUAUUUC